GACAGAGGAGCAGAAGGAGGAGCAGUGCCAGCCCAGGGAAGAGCAGAGGGGGAUGCUGCAAGGGCCCCAAGAGGAGCCCCAGAGCCCCACGGUGGCCGUGGAGCACGAUGGCCAACAGCAGCCCCGUGAUACGCAAGGCAGCCAAAGACCAAGAAGACUCCGAAAACGCUCAUUCAAAGCGAUGGACGUCUGCUGAAGCUCCUCAAGAAGGUGCAACCCAACCACAGAGUAGCUCCAGAGGGCCGGAGUACAAAUGUGGGUGUUGUGGGAAGGUCUUCACCUGCAGGAGCAGCCUGAAUCGCCACCAACGGUCCCAGACGCAAGAUAAGUUGUUCAAGUGCCAGGAUUGUGGGAAGAGCUACAGGCAAAUUGGGCACCUCCACCGUCACCAGAUUACACACAUCGAAGCGAAACCCUUUCCCUGCACCACGUGUGGGAAACGCUUCUCCUAUAGAUCCAACCUCACUGUCCACCACCGCAUCCACACUGGAGAGAGACCCUACGCCUGCUCCGUCUGCGGGAAGAAAUUCCAGCGGCGUUCUCAAGUCCGAAAGCAUCAAACUGCCCUUCACAAUGGCGCUGGGACAGAGGAGAAGAAGGAGGAGCAGUGCCAGCCCAGGGAAGAGCAGAGGGGGAUGCUGCAAGGGCCCCAAGAGGAGCCCCAGAGCCCCACGGUGGCCGUGGAGCACGAUGGCCAACAGCAGCCCCGUGAUACGCAAGGGAGCCGCGGAACGAGGGGACCCAGAAAACGCUCUUCCAAAGGGACGUGUGGUGAAGACCCGACCCGACCACGUAGUAGAUCCAGAACGAAGGAGCACAAGUGUGAGCAGUGUGCGAAAGUCUUUCGCUGGAAGAGCAACCUGACCCGUCACCUAUGGACCCACAAAGGAGAGAAGCCCUACAAGUGCCAGGAUUGUGGGAAGAGCUUCAGGGAUAGCUGGUACCUCUUCAGUCACCAGAGGACACACACCAAGGAGAAGCCCUUUGUCUGCACCACGUGUGGGAAACGCUUUUCCUUUAGAUGUAACCUCAUUGUCCAUGAAAACAUCCACAGAAGGGAAAAACCGUACGCCUGCUCCCACUGCGGGAAGACAUUCAGGGAUGGAUAUCACCUCAGGAGGCAUCAGGAAUCCAUCCACAGUGGCACCGAGCACCCAGCUGGAGCCAGGACAAGCACCCCCGGUGCUGGAGGAGGAGUUGGAGAGCAAGGAGGAGCAGACAGCGCCGGGACAAGGGGAUGGCGGGAAGAACACCCACCCAGCCACCAGCAAGCCGGUGGCCCGCGCCACGCGGGGGACCUCGGCCAGAGAUUGAGAUGCACAACCCCCCUUCCCUGCAAGGGUUUCCCUGAGGGAUGGAGAAUCCGCACCCCGGCGCACCCAGGGGACCUGCUGCCGCCUCUCGGGGUGCUCAGCACCCCCUGCCCGGGGCUCAGCACCCACCCGGCUGCACCCUGUUGUGCUGGCGCUGGGACAGAGGAGCAGAAGGAGGAGCAGUGCCAGCCCAGGGAAGAGCAGAGGGGGAUGCUGCAAGGGCCCCAAGAGGAGCCCCAGAGCCCCACGGUGGCCGUGGAGCACGAUGGCCAACAGCAGCCCCGUGAUACGCAAGGGAGCCGCGGAACGGGGGAACCCCGAAAAUGCUCUUUCAAAGGGACGUACGGUGAAGACCCACAAGAACACAGAACCCAACCACAGAGUAACUCCAGAAAGAAGGACUACAAGUGUGAUGACUGUGGGAAGGUCUUCACCUCGAGUAAAACUCUGCGCCGUCACCAAAUGAUCCACACGGGAGAGAAGCCUUUCAAGUGUCAGGAUUGCGGGAAGAGCUUCAUUCAGAGCUGGCACCUCCGGAGGCACCAGAGGACACACACCAAGGAGAAGCCGUAUCUCUGCACCAGCAGCAGGAAUGGCAUCUUCAAGUCAAAACUCAUUCUUCACCAAAGCAUCCACACAGGAAAGAGACCGUACACCUGCGCCCACUGCGGGAAGACAUUCAGGGAUGGAUAUCACCUCAGGAGGCAUCAGCAAUCCAUCCACAGUGGCGCUGGGACAGAGGAGCAGAAGGAGGAGCAGUGCCAGCCCAGGGAAGAGCAGAGGGGGAUGCUGCAAGGGCCCCAAGAGGAGCCCCAGAGCCCCACGGUGGCCGUGGAGCACGAUGGCCAACAGCAGCUGGGUGAUACUGAAAGGAGCCACAAACCAAGGAGACCCCAAAAAUGCUCUUUCAAAGGGACGUACACUGAAGACCCUCAGGAAGCCUCAAUUCAAGCUCCGAGUACCCUCAGAGAGGAGAAGUUCAAGUGUGAGCACUGUGGGAAGUUGUUCAGCUCCAAGUACAACCUGAUCUGUCACCUACGGACCCACACGGGAGAGAAGCCCUACAAGUGCUGGGAUUGUGGGAGGGGCUUUGCAACAAGACAAAACCUCCAGAGACACCAGAGGACACACACGAAGGAGAAGCCUUAUCUCUGCACCACGUAUGGGAAACGCUUCUCCUUUAGGUCCAACCUUUUGGUCCACCGACGCACCCACAUGGGAAAGGGUCCCUAUAGCUGCUCCCACUGCGGAAGGACAUUCAGGGUUGGUUAUAACCUCCGGAAACAUCAGGAAUCCUUCCACAGUGGUGAGUCCUUGGAGAGGCUUAACCCUGUAUCCCAUCGAGCUCAUCCAUAA